GAGAGCAGUUCAACUGGCUUUAUUCAGUUUUUAAUGAUUUGCCAUCUUUGGUGGAGUUUGCUGUGUGGAUGCGCUGUGAAACUGGUGUCUGUCCAACUGAUCUUCAAGGCAGGAGACAUUACUGCAGCUACAUAAACAUCCCGAACACAACACACACUCCAGCUGCCAGCGAUACACUCGACUGGUGCUGCUUUGACCAUCAAAGAUGCUAUCGAGAAUUAGAAGAAUUACAAUGCAGAAAAACUCCACCAGCACACACCAAUUACACCUGCUCCCAUCUUAGCAACAACCGCUGUGAUUCACUUGAUUUGUGCGAACAAGGAUUCUGUCUUUGUGACCAAGAAGCUAUAGCUUGUAUUGGAAACAAUUCCCACUUAGUCCUUUCAACUCAGCACCAGAGCCCAGAACUCACAGAUCUUCUUUAUGACAACACCAUCAGUGAGAUGGUCAACAGAACAGAACUGGAUAUUAUAUUGAAUGGAACUAUGGGUAACUUCACUGAGGAAUUUUUCCUGAAAAACAACACUCUGAAGAGCCAGAGCCAUGGUGCAGGGUAUUAUAGGAUACCACCAUCAGAAAAGGACAAUUUAGAUUUAACAUCCAUGACUCAACCAUACCAUGGUGUGUAUCGUGAAACACAAACAUACAAACCUGACUCAGAGACAGAAAGUGCACACACACAUCCAAUGGACUCCAUCACUGCAGUUCAACCUGAAGUGUCACACACCUGGACAAGCUAUUUAUCAAAAGAGCUGAAAAAAGAUGGAGGUGAAGUUGAAGCACUCCUGAAGGACAAGAUGUUCCUCCAAACUAUGGCAGUGACCUUUGAUAUUACAAUGCCACAGCUGUUGGGCUACAAUGAUGACAACACCACAGCAAAACUGGACCCGAACUCUUCAGGGGCAAAGAACAAAGAGAUGGAGAGCAACGAAAAUUCAAUAGAGAUGAGGGAGAUGGAUGAAGGUGGGGAGAGUGUGAAGAGUGUGGAGAGAUUGCAUACUGAAGAGAAAGAACAGGAAGAUGCUAAAAUGUCUCAAGGCAUUGAUAUCUUUCUGGUAUCCACUCCAUCUGAGUCAGAAACCAAUCAAAUCCUGUUUCACACAGUAACCGUGACCCUGCCAGCAGAACAAAACACUGAGGUCACGCCCACUCCUACUCAGCUGUCUCCUGAGGAUUAUAGACAUGAAAGGAGGGAAGAGAUAAGCAGCAAGGAUGAACAGAUAGCAGAAAGGUUUCAGACCACCACCCUAACCAAGAUCAAUGAAGAUCAGGCCAAAUUGCUUGAGACACACACACCAGCUAACACACACACUCUCAUCCCCAAACAUCGUCUCUCAGAAGAUGAGGAGGUGAUGGACACAGAGAGUCAGGAUGAAGAACACAGUGGUAAAGACAAUCUACAUACAAGUGCAGAAAUACAGGAUAGCACUGCUGGUCACACAACUACACUUAAUUCCAUCACUCUCACACCCACAACCUCUCAGCGCUUACCUACAAAUCCUAUGCAACAUACAGAGGUCAGAGCUGAUGCUCCAUCACAAGUCACCUCAACAUUAUCCCCAAAAACACUGACGAAUAUGCUUGUAACACACCACACAUCACACAGGCUCUCCAGACACACUACACAUUCCAGACCAUUCACACCAUUACAAACAAAAACAACUUUUACAAAAUCACUACACACACCAAACACCACACACACAGGAUUUACACAACCCACAAUCACCCAAAAAACCUUGGUGACAGUUCACCAAAGCCCUGGUGGCAUAUGGAGAGCCCCAAUUACUCACAACCAAAAAACUGAGCCACAUCCGCUACACACACCAUCCCCCAGGUUUCCUCACACACCCAAACCCAACAACACCCCUUCUUCAUCAGCUACCACUACACAUUAUUCUGAAGAAGAAGAAGAAAAAGAAGAAGAAAAAGAAGAAGAAGAAGAAGAAGAGAGAGAGAAGAAAUAUGAAGAGAUGAAGAGAGAGCUGGUGGACAGUUCCCAGGAGGCAGAAGCAAAAAAGCUUCUUCAGAGAAGAAAGCGAAUGAUGCCACUCAUCUCCUGGCCCCUGCUGGAGGCAGCGGGACUGUCCGAGAUUCUGCCAGACUCUCAAUCAGAUGAGUGCAGCAUGACAUUUAUGCAGUACAGCUCCACCGGAGAGGUAAUUAAGGAGUUUGCAGCUUUGGGGGAAAUGCUGUACUGCCUAACCGGCCACUGUCCUCAAGAGUACGAGCACUACGGCUGCUACUGUGGACAGCACGGUAGUGGAAUCCCUCAAGACAACUUGGAUCGGUGUUGUUUCCUGCAUCAGUGCUGUUUGGAGCAGCUCACACUGCUGGGCUGCAGGAGAGACAGGAAACUCAAUAUUCACACCACCUGCCACAACAGCAAGCCUCAAUGCCUUGGAGUAAGUGUGUGCGAUCGGCUGCAGUGUGUAUGCGAUCGCACUGCAGCCGAGUGCAUGGCAGCAUCUCAUUUCAACCACUUGGUAACCUCGCAAUGUUCUGGUCCUCGACCAUCCUGCAUGCACAGACCAUACCCAGAUCCACAACACACUGAUGCUGACUCCAGCCAGGAGAGUUCAGAAAGUAAAUUAGAUCCACAAACACAUACAGGUCCACAGCAACGUCCACAAACACUUGGUAAACCUGGACACACCAAGCAGCCAGAGGGGGCCAAGGAGCAAGAGUGGGAGUAUGCAGGAAAACCAGAAAAGGAGAAUAACAAAGAAGAAAAAGGAGAUGAAGAAAUCUAGAAAUAUGAAACACUGCACUACAUGAACAAUACUGAUAGAUGUUCACACAUCCUAACAGCAAGUAAAAACAAGACUAAACCACCCACACCAUGAAGGUGCACUAAAACAUGGUCACUAAUUGGCAGAGAGCGUUUGUUUCCUGCUGUUUCCCAGCAUGUUAUAUUUCCCCAUAUCAAGUCUGUGUAUUGUAACUGAACAGCAGGUAGCUAAUGUUAACUGAGCAUUGCUACAUGCAAGUUAAUCUGUAUUAUUUAGCGUUUUAUGUGUUUAAAAUGUAAAAUAUAUAACAAUCAAUUCUGAAAAGAUAUUUGUUUCUUGAAAGUCAGCUUAAUGCCUACUGAGGAUGAGUUAUUUCAGGGAAAUUAAGAAAUAAUAGCAUUAAGGAAAGAUCCCUAUUUACUCUAUUAUAGAUGCUUCUCCUACUGAACUUACCAUUUCUUUUCUCUUAUGUAACCAAAAAUCUUUUGCAUGGAAAGUGAAUGCUUGAUUAACCUGAGACCUUGUUUGUAACAAAUUAUUGUGUAUUAAUAUAAAAUAUCUUUCUUAUGUUAUACCAGAAUAACUGACAAGUUCUCACACAGACAAGUUUUAAAAUAAAAAAUAAUGAAUCACACAACAGAUUUUAUUGCAUUAAAUAUAAAAGCUUUAUUGAUAUUGUUUGAUGUUGCUGUGCAAACGAAAGUGGUUGAGCAUCAAACGCCCCGUUAGACAGAAAUUUGGCAGCAAAGUUUAUAGCAUCUUAGUGGUUUUUUUUUUACAUUUAAAAAUUUACAUUGAAAUGUGAAUGCCAAUAGCUGGUGAUCAUGA